GCCAUGUCUUCCGGGGCCAGCGUGAACGCCCUGCAGCGCCUGGUGGAGCAGCUCAAGCUGGAGGCUGGAGUGGAGAGAAUCAAGGUCUCGCAGGCAGCUGCAGAGCUUCAACAGUACUGCAUGCAGAAUGCCUGCAAGGACGCCCUGCUGGUAGGUGUUCCAGCUGGAAGCAACCCCUUCCGGGAGCCCAGAUCCUGUGCUUUAUUCUAAAGGCUGCUGGUCAUGGGACAGGAGGUCUGCGUACUGCUGCUGCUUGAUCUUCUGGACAAUGGUUUCUGCCUCCCAGGUGGGAAGGUCCACACAGUAGUUCAGAUCACCAAGCCAGAAGAGGUGGGUAAAGUGGUGAGUGGUGUUAAAAGGACUGUUUCUUGUCUCCCAGAGCAGAAGCCAGAGAAUGUUCAUAUAGUUUUGGUUUUGCCUGAGUUUCUUUUCACUUCCAGAAGUUAAAUGGCUGUUAACAAAGCCCUAGGAGGUUCUGUUGAACAUAAAUGACACCCCCACAGCUCCCUUGUUUCUCAGCGUGUUGGCGAUGCCUGUCUUCACAUUGUUGGUGCAGAUGUGACUGAUGUGGUUCUCAUGCUCCGGCUUGGCCAGCACUACGAUUUGGAUAUUCCAGAGGGUGUGGAUGGCAACUGUUUAAAAAGUCAUGCUGGUGAUUUCUUGCAGGGAGUGUCUGAGUAUCUGCAGCCACUCCUUCUCUCCCAUGGGGUCUUCCUGGGUGCUGAUCACGUAGAUGUCAUGAGGGAUGUAAUCGGCAGAGUCAUCCUGAGUCUUUCCCUGCCCCUUGGAGAGAAACCAGAACGUGAUCUUCUUGGGGGGGGGGGGUGUUACCCAUGUUCCAGGUGCUGAUGAAGAUGGUGAUCAUGUCUGGCUCUGCUUGCUCCAAGUACUUAUUCUUCAUCUCCUGGAGAAGCUGGCAGAAACCUUCUCUCUUUUUGGAAUCAGCAAAAACAUAUUCCUUCCACAAGGUCUUAUCCUUCUCAGUUUCCACCAAAAUCACCAACUUGUUCAGAAACGUCUGAGACUUGAUGAGCUGCAGGAUCUUAUUGUGGCUGUAGAACUUGUCCUCAGAACCAUCCUUGAACUUCUUAAUUAUCAGUUUCCCAGACUCAACAUCAACUUUGAGCUGCAGCUUCUGAGGAAUCCCCAGGGAUUCUGACUUUACCUCAAAGGUGACAGGAAGGAUGAGGGAACGUUGAUGGGGAGACUUGGUGCCUUCAUGCAGCAAGGCCUUGACCUUGUCUUCAAUGGGGGUCAAGAUACUCGUCAGUUGGCUGACCUUGGCCACCAUGUUGACUGGAUUGGCCUCACCAGGCACCUGAGGCCAUGGAGGGAGGCAAGGGGAUUGCUGCUGGUCAAACAGCCUCUGCAGAGACUCCAGGGAGGGGAGAGUCUGGGUGACUUUGCUGGGAGCAGGAGACUGAGCAUGAUAUUCUUAAGCAGGCUGUUCUUUAGGAGUCGAAGAAUAUUCUUCACGGCAGAAGCAAACAUUUUAAUCAGUAUUGUUUAAUCAUUUAAACAAUAGCUUUAAAAAAUUUUUUUUAAGUGUUUAUUUAUUUUUGAGAGAGAGAGAGAAAGAGAGGUAUGCACAAGCAUGGGAGGGGCAGAGGAUGAGGGAGAAAGAAUCUGAAGCAGGCUCCAGGCUCUGAGCUGUCAGGCCAGAGCCCAGUGCAGGGCUAAAACCCACGGAUUGCAAGAUCAUGACCUGAUCCAAAGUUGGAUGCUUAACCAACUGAGCCACUCAAGUGCCCCAACGGCGGUAGCUUUUUUAACAUCAUGUUGACAAUGGGUAAAAGAAUAGAGGGAGUAAGCAACAUCAGUUCAUUUUUCCAGACUGGGCAGAACGGUGUGAGCAGCUGUAGUCUGCUGUUGUCUGAUGAAUAUAGAGAAGCAGGAGUUUAAAUGAAGGGAGAAAUAACACUGAGUGGACUGGAGUAGGGCAAUGGAAAGGGGCAGAGGCAGUGAAUGGGGGCGUUCCAGGCCCAGGAGUAACUUGAAAGUAGGAAUGGCAUGAUGAAACAUCUGAAACAAGUGAAGAAAAUAACAUGGGAAAUCAGGUAUGUCCUAGAUACUCAGAAAAGGCUUCAAGUUCACUUAAUUUGAAUGCACUUUAAAAGCAUACAGCAUACCUGAUGCUUGAAUUUCAAUGACCUUGUCUACUUUCCUUUCCUGACUUAUUUUCUCUACGGCUUUAUUAGUACAAACAAUGGGACUUUCUUCUUGAAGAGUCAAGGAAUGUUCUUCUUUAUCUUGAAAUUCUAAUAAAAAAUAUUAAUUUGCAUUAUUCAGGGAAACUUAAUGUCACUUUACUUAAAAUGAUUUGAUAUAAUAUGAUAAUUGUUAAAGUUCUUCCUUGAAAUAUGUCAGUAUUAAAGUGAACAACUAUUCAGGUCAAUGGACGUAACAACAGUGCUGGGUAGGAAGCUGAAUGACCAUAACAGAAAGAAUCUUGGCAUCAAAUCACUGUUUCAGUCUCAAUUCUGACACUAGCUUCAGUGUCCUCAUAUGUAAAAUACAGAUAAAUAUACCUAUUGUGAAUACUGUUAUAAGGAAUAAAUACCAAGUACAGUUCCUGACAGCUAAAAGGCACAUACAGCUCAACUUCAUUUCUCUGUGACUUCCCAUAUACCCUUCCUUCUGCUAUUAAUUCUUUCCUAUGCCCCAAGCCCUCCCUAUCUCCAACCUUUUUUAAUUAGGUCAAUUCUUACCACUCACCCUUUAGGUCUCAGGCAUUUUCUCUGAGCCUAUAAGCUUCUCAAGGUCAGCAACAGUAUCAUAUUUAUCUCUAAUAUGUAAUUUAGUGCCUGGCAUACAGUUCAUUUGUCUUCCUUCUUUUCUAAGUAGUGUGGAGGAUUACAAAAUAUAUAUAACUAAUUAAUUUAUUUAUAGUUACUUAUUUUAACUAGAUAGCAAAGUUAUCUAUUAAUAAUGAUUACCAGAUAAUUUUAGAAACAUAAUACCACCUUGAAACAUUUUAAUAUAUGAACUUCAAAUAUAUGGUGAAAACAAUGGAGUAAAAUAUCCUAAACUAGAUUAUGUUAUUAUUUUCAAGUAUAUUUUUCAUUAGCUAUAAAUAAUUGGAAUGGUUAUGAUUAAAUAAUACUAAUUACUAGAGUUUUUGAGGGGGCCUAAUAAGUUGUAACAUUCUUUGUUGCCCCUGAAUUAAUUAUAAAAUAAGGGAAGAAGUAAAAUAUAUAUACCAAAACAUUACCUUUAUUACUAACAAAGGCUAAGUUGGAAAAAGGAGCUUAGUUUGAGAAUCAAAUGGGCUGGCUGUGGACAGCAGAAUUCCACAUUAACAAUAUAUAAGAUGGUAAGACCUAAGUAUGCUGUGACUCUCACGCAUAUAUAUUCUUGUACUUAAUUCUUCUGAGUAACUUAUAUCAAACAUAUUCUACAAUAUCUAUUUUUCCUUUUUUACCAGAAGUGAAAUGAUAUGAUACAUACUACCUUUGAUAUGGUUUUAAGCAGUGAAUGUAAAACAGUUACAACUCAGACAGAAACUCUUUGUUAAAGUUAAAAAGAGUAAUAAGCAAUCAAAUGGGCAAAAUGUUCUCAAGUACACAUUAUAAGUUAUAAUACUGAGAACUGUCAGCUAAAAGAGAAAAAACAAUGGCAGAACAAUCAACAAAAGUUAGAAAUACCAUGAAUCUGUAUGGCCAAGUUGUAGAAAUCAAGUUUUACAAAUAGUGACUUUUUUACAAGUUCAAAUGCACUUUUAAAUUUUUUGGAAAAUACAUAUCUACAUCUAUGUCUAAAUACAUAUACAAAUAUCCACAUCGAUCUCCAUACUCAAUAAGUAUCAUGAAUGAAAGAUGUUUUCUUUGGCUUUGAAAAAUAAUAUAUUCUAUUUGAAAGAGCUUUAUUUCCUUACCUUCUGUAGUAAAUUAUAUAUUUAGUCCUUAAAGCUAUCAUAUUUAUGUCAUACUAUUACUAAGUUACCCACCAUCAUUUUCUUUACUGCCCGUGAGUUCAGUCUUUGAGGUGCAAGUUCUAUGUUUAUUUCGCAGUACAAUAAAGUCAUUCAAAAGGUCCAAAUCAUUCUUCCAUUUUCUACCUUGUUUAAAAGAUGAUUUUUCAAUUUUUGGAGAGGAAGAUGAUUCAAUAGAUGGUACUGUGCAGUUAAGUUCCAAGUAAUCUUCAUUUUCUUUAUUUUGGCUUAUUCUAUAAACUAAUUCUAGAUCAUUCUUUGGUUUUUCUUCUUUUGUUGGUCUUUUAACAGAUAUAUAGUCAUCAGAAAAACACAGGUCUGGUAUUUCUUUUGCCAGAGAUGAAAUCUUUUGUGGGAGCAAUAAAUGAUCAUUUGUAGAUUUCUCAUUAAUAAGUACAAUAGGUGAGGAACAACUUUUAUAUUCUAGCCAUGCUGAAAACAGAAAAUAAAAAUAUCCAAAUGACAUCCAUGAAUAAAUGGGUGCUCUGCUAGGGUAUUAGGAUAACUUUUAUUUAUAGGUUCUUAUUAAUAUAAUUUGAUCCUGAAAAGUACUUUGUUUAUUGCUUUGAAAAUCAAUUUUGUCCUGAAUAAAAUAAAUUUUUUAAAAGGGCAAAAUUUCUGCACCUUUUUUUCUUACUACUGGAGUUAGGUUACCAGGUAAAGAAUUCCAGAAAAGUCCUAUUGCCAAUAGGCUUAGAAUUAAGUCUAAAGGUCAAAAACUUAGGUAUCAAGCAAUUGACAGAUCAGAAGAAUAUACUUAUAAUACAUAUACUUGAAAAGAACUGUAUCCAAUAUAUAUAAAAACUCUCCUAGUUUAAUAUUUAAAAAGCAAAUCCAAUUUAAAAUUUGACAAAAUAUUUGAACAAUACUUCAUAUAUGUACAUGCUACAACAUGGAUGAAUCUUGAAAACAUACUAAAUGAAAGAAGCCAGUCACAAAAGACCACAUAUUGUAUGAUUCCAUUUAUAUGAAACAUCCAGAAUAGGCAAUCUAUACAGGCAGAGAAUAGAUUAGUGGUUCCACAGCUGGAGAAAAUGGGGAGUGACUGCUAAUGGGUACAAGAUUUCUUUUGAGCGAUGACAAAAAUGUUCUAAAAUUGACCAUGGUGAUGAUUACACAACUUUGUGACUAUAAUAAAAACGACUGUAUGGUGUACUUUAGAGUUGUAUGGCAUUUGAAUUAUAUUUCAGUAAAGCUAUAAUAUAUUUUUUAAUGUUUACUUACUUAUUUUGAAAGAGAGAGAGAGAGCGAGUGAGCAGGGGAGGUGCAGAGAGAGGGAGAGAGAGAGAAUCCCAAGCAGGCUUUGCAUUGUCAGCAGAGUCCAAUGCAGGGCUCGAACCCAUGAACCACGAGAUCAUGACCUGAGCCAAAACCAAGAGUUGAAUACCCAACUGACUGAGCCACCUAGAAGCCCCUAUAAUAUAUUUUUUAAAGCAAGAUAUACAAAUGGCCAAUGACCAUGUUAACUGAUGUUCAUCAUCAUUAGUCAUCAGGAAAAUACAAAUUAAAAGCACAAUGAGAUACUACAACACACCCAUUAGAAUGGCUGAAAUUAAAGGACUGUCAAUACCAACUGUUGGCAAGGAUAUAGAAUAACUAGAACUCUCACACAUUGCUAAUGUGAAUGCACAAUCUUGCAACCACGUUGGAAAACAAUUUACUAGUUUCUUAUGAAGUUAAAUAUACACCUACCAUAAGACCCAGUAAUUGUACUCAUAGGUAUUCAUUCAAGAGAAAUGAUAACAUAUGUUCACAAAAAGACUUCAAUAAGAAGAUUCAUAGAAGUUUUAUUCCUAACUUUCCCUAUAAAAACCUGGGAAAUAAAUCCAGGAGAGUGGAUAAACAAACUGGGGUACAUCCAUAUGAAAAAUUCUUCAGUAACAAGAAGUGAAUAGUGAUACACACAGCAUUGUAAAUGAAUCUCAAAAAUGUUAUGCUGAGGGGCGCCUGGGUGGCUCAGUCGGUUAAGCGUCCGACUUUGGCUCAGGUCAUGAUCUCGCGGUCCGUGAGUUCGAGCCCCACGUCGGGCUCUGUGCUGACAGCUCGGAGCCCGGAGCCUGUUUCAGAUUCUGUGUCUCCCUCUCUCUGACCCUCCCCCGUUCAUGCUCUGUCUCUCUCUGUCUCAAAAAUAAAUAAAGGUUAAAAAAAAUUAAAAAAAAAAUGUUAUGCUGAGUGGAAGAAGCCAAACACAAAGGAGUUACUAUAUGAUUCCAUAAAUGAAAUUCUAGAAUACUGAAAACUAAUACAUAGUGACAGAAGGUAGACCAGUGGUUACCUGGAGUCAGGGGUGAAGGUUAGAAGAAGAGAGGGGUGGGAACUACAGAAUGCAAAGGAGCACGGGGAACUUUUUGGGUGAUAGAAAUAGUCUAUAUCUUCAUUGUGGUGGUAGUUUCAUUGGUAUGCACAUUUGUCAAAAUCCAUAAGACUGUACAGUUAGAAUGGGUACAUUUUAUUAUAUGUAUAUUAUAUCUUAUAAAAUUUAUUUAUAAAUUUUUAUUCUUAAAAAAGCUUAAAUGCCUAUAGGCCCAGAUAAAUAAGGUAUGUUACUGAGGGAAGUAUAUGCUUAAAUCAUAAUCUUUUUUUUAAUGUUUAAAUGUUUGAAAUUUUUUUAAAUGUUUACUCAUUUUUGAGAGAGAGAGAGACAGUGCGAGCAGGGGCAGGGCAGAGAGAGAGGGAGACACAGAAUCCAAAGCAGGCUCCAGGCUCUGAGCUGUCAGCACACAGCCAGAUAUGAGUCUGGAAUCCACAAACCGCAAGAUCAUGACCUGAGCCAAAGCUGGCCACUUAAAUGACUGAGCCACCCAGGAGCCCCUAAAUCAUAAUCUUUAGGAUGAUAAAUUUUGAACUUUUUUCUUCCAAAAUGUAGAACUUUUUUCUUGCAAUAAUUGUUUUUGUUUUUGCUUUUAUUAGAGAUACUGGUAUCAGAAACAUUUUACUUUCCUCUUAAUUACACUAAAUGUAAGAUAAAAGUGCAAAAGUAAUGCUAAACGCCAAUUAACACCUGGCCUCAAUUUAUGAGUCAUGGGAACUGUGGCAAAUUGGAGGUGGGUGAGCUGCUAUAGGCCUGUCUAAAGAGGUGAGCUGCUAUUGGCUCCAGGCAGUUGUUGCCAUAUAAGAAUAAGGGUCUGGUCUUUGAAAUUUUAAAGACAAUCUCAAAAUACAUGUCAUUUAUGUGUAACCCUCCAAAUUGUAAAUGUUGGUAACUAAAUAAAAUACCAGGACCUGAGUGCUACCAGUUUGCAACCUCUGAGAUAUUUUCUAGAGAUAUCCUGGUAUGUUUAGUAGGCAAAUAUGAACUGUUUAUCAUUUCACUUUUCUGAAUAUUUUCUUCUACUAUUUAAUCAGCCCUAUCCUGACAACUUGGUAAUGAGUUCUUGAUACUAUUACUGCUUUUUAGACUUCAGAAUUAAACUAUCAUCAUAAUUCUAUUGGAUAUCAAGGUGAAUCAUAUGUUUUAUUUUAACCUCAAAAUAGUUGCAUAUCAUAAUAAAGACUUUACUAGUCUUAUAGAUUUAAUACAUUAUUCUGGAAAUUUGAAGACCCCAUAAAAUCUUCCUCUCCUUUUUCUUUGUCUAGCAAUCUGACUUAAUCUCUUUUAAAAUUAUUCUUCUACCCUGAGUAAUCAUCUAGGCCUUAGGAUAGACUGGUGUGCAUUUCUUUAACAUAGUCUAUUUAUCCUCCCUUCUACCAAAGCCCUCUGUCUUCUGUCUUUGAAACAUCUCUUUGCUGAUAACGAUUCUUGCCCCAAUUCCUAUCUCCUUAGAGCAGUCUCCUAAUAUACACAAUUUCUAAAAUUCACUUUUAAAUAUAUUAUUUACUCUAUAAUAAACUAAAAGUGAGCUUUACCAACUUCUUUAAGAUCUAAAUUCAGUAACUAUUGCACAAAGAUUUAAAAAUAAUUCAUAAAUACUUCAAAAAAGUAUAAUUCAGACUAAGAAUACUCCAUUUACUAUAGUGGCACAUAUAGCAACCAAAAUACUUGAAAGAUAGGUACUUACAAGACAUUUUUUGCUGUCUUAAAUUGUAUAAUUGUAUAAGUAACUUAAAAUGUUGAGUAAACUCUUUGGUAACAAAGGAAGAUUAUAUAUUGUUGAACACAGGUUACUACAUAUUAUUGAAUACCAAGAGUUCCCCUGUCAGAUCAAAAAAUAACAGUGCUGGUUUGUGUCUAAGCUGAUGUAGACAAACAUUGAGCUGGCAAUUAAUCACUUAUAAAAAGAAACAAAGUCACUUUAAUUGAAAAUGGCUAGAAAUUUAAAAACUGAGACUACAAAAUUUUAGGACAGUAAAUGAUUUUAGGAUGAGUUAGUCAAACUUCAUUUUUUUUCAAGGAAGAAAGUGGGGCUUUGUGAAGCUCAAAGUUAUAAAUUCUGGCAGAGCCAGAGCUAACACUGAAUGCUAGAAUUUAGUUAUAUCUUCCCAAUCACCUAAUGGAAAGCCAGUAUCAAACAUUUUCUCAUUCUGAAUAAUUCACGCAAGUGACAUUUACUAUUAUGUACUUACACUCAAAUUGAAGUACUUUUGUAGGCAAAAAUAUCUCCAUUUUAGUAUCAUCAGCAGAUAGAUCAUCAUGACACAAAUAUGCAUUCAGAUGUUCCAAAGUUUCUGUCUCCAUUAGAUUUAGUCCUUCUUUUUCCCACCACUCUGGGUUUACAGGAUCAACUACAAGGCUUUCUUCUUCAAUAGAAAAUAUCUUUUUCAAAUCUGUAACUGAAUAUUGACUAUUGGGCUCUUCAGUUCUUGGUACUUACAAAACAAUAACAAACCAAACAACAAAAAGGGACAGUCCACAGAGAAAAAGAGAUGAAAAACACAAUAAAUAGAACCGCACUGAAAAUUGCUUAUGAAAUAGAUUUUCACACAUUGGGGAAAAAAGUGAAAAUUGAAGUUAUAGCUAGCAUUUUGUCUUCAAGAUGCUAAUAUUUGUAAUACUCUAGCAGUUGAAGUUACAUAAGGGAUGUUUUUCAAUCUAUGGAAAUAUGAAGUUAAAAUUAUUCUAAUAUUUAGUAGGAGAUAGAACCAUUAUUUUGACCAUUUUAGUAAUUCCUAAAUUAAUAUAUUUAAUAAAAUUUUGAAGAAUUUAAUUAAUUUUGAAGAAUUUAAUUAAUUAAAUUAAAUUUGAGAUUCUAAUUUAUUAUAAUGAACCUAAACAAGAAGAUAUAUUUGAUCAGAUUUCAUGAUGGCUAUCAUCUUAUAUAUUGUGGCACAGAGAUUUCUCCCUCAUUACUUUAAACUAAAUAGUGCAAAUCAUAAUGUAGGGAGGAAUCAAAGUAGCACAACUACUUAAUAUUAUUAUCUGCAUUAUAAGCAUCUACCCAAAAUUAAAAUGAAAAAUUUCAAAAUCUUAAUUUAGAACUGUGAUUUUUAUAAUGACAGUAACAAUAAUAAAGAAAUAACAAAACUGACAAUACAUUUCUACUGAUCACACGUUUUCACCUUUACUUUUCGUUUAGCAUUCAAAGUUAAUUAAUCUUUACCUGUAAGCAAAAAUGGUUUCAAAGAGCUUUCUAACUGCCACACCAUACAGUAUUUGGUAGCCGAUUCUUCAGCAGUAAGCAAACUACUGAAAAAGAAGAGUUAAAGCUUAAUACAUUGAUAAUAUUGAGGCUUUUUGCAUAAGAAAAUUUAAGAAAGUUCUUUUUCUAAGUAUUUUUUACAUUCGAAAGCAGUGAAAAAUUAACUCUGUAAGUGUGUAAAGCUAAGUAGAGAGUUCCAUAAGCCAAAUUUCAAAUACUUGGUUUUCCUCCCCCUGGGAAGGUGUGGCAGUGUGUUACCUGAAUUGCUCUUGCUUGCCUAUAACUUACUCCUUCCUCUAGCUCCCUCAAUGGAACACUUCCAACUAUGAAGUGUGCCAGCACCAACCCUAUAAACCACCCCAAAUAAAAAUACAAUUUAGGUAAAAUUACUGUGUUUUCCAUAGAAAACAGUAGCUUUAACACAAGUUUUUACAAAAUGGACUUGUCCCCAAGUCCAUUUUAAACAAAUUCUGGAGCCUCUGCUGGCUGAGAGUCAGAAUUGUGAAAUGAAAGAACAGUUCUGUCUGUUCUACCUUCUCAGGAAGGUAAAAGUUUAGUCCUAAAGUUUAGUUCAGGUCCUUCAUUCUUGGUUUGUGUGUGAGUGAAUGAUUUAUGUCUGUUUGCAUGUUACAGGGUGCUAGGAGGAGAAAGGAAGAAAUAUGCAUGACAAUUAGUGUGUAUCACAGUUUAUCAGUAGCUAUGAAGUUACUAGCCUUGAUAGGGAAGAUACCAUUAAUCCAUAAACCCCUUAAUCUAUGGCUGCAAAUCUCUUACUCCAAGGCAAAAAUUGAUGGUAUUCUGUUUCUCUGUUCAUACAAAACAUAUGUGAGCAUGCUAAUUAUAAGUAUUGCUAGUUGACAGUCCUGUGCAGUACAAAGCUAGGUUUUAUGUCUAAGCUAUCCAAUUUACCCACAUAAUCCAAAAAUUUAGCAUGUGGUGGCAAAAUGUGAGAUUCUAGAUAAUUCUCGAACCUUACCAAGAUCUCUUUGAAAACCAGACACCUCAGAUUAUUGGCAAUUAAUUUAAAAAUUUUUAAUGUUUAUUUAUUUUUGAGAGAGAGAGAGAGAAUGAGUGGAGGAGGGACAGAGAGAGGGAGACACAGAAUCUGAAGCAGGCUCCAGGCUCUGGGCUCUGGGCUGUCAGCACAGAGCCCAAUCGAUGCAGGGCUCAAACUCACAAACCAUGAGAUCAUGACCCGAGCUGAAGUUGAACGCUUAACCAACUGAGCAAGUAAAGUAAAGCAAUUACUUUAAAGCAAAAGGAAGGCAAGUUAAGUCCAUCAGGAGACCAUAAUAUAAACAAAUAUUCUCACUCUUAAUGGAACUUUCUGAAGACAUAUCUGAAUUUGAUAUAUUGUUUGGUCAUAUAUAAAAAUAUGUUCACAAUUCAGUAAUCAGUGUGGAAAUAAAGUCUGAUGCUACACAGACUUUUCUUUUUAGCUCCAUAAAAUCUAGCAUAGAAGGGCGUUUGGAUGGCUAGUUGGAUAAGCGUCCAACUUUGGCUCAGGUUCAUGAUCUUGCGGUUUGUGGGUUCAAGCCCCACAUCGGGCUCUGUGCUGACAACUCGGAACCUGGAUCCUGCUUCGGAUUCUGUGUGUGUAUCUCUCUCUCUCUCUGGCCCUCUCCUGCUCGUACUCUAUCUCUCAAAAAUAAAUAAACAUUGAAAAAAUUUUUUUAAAAAUCUAGCAUAGAGCUUGACAUGUGGUAAUCACUCAAAAUAUUUACUAACUGGGUUUAUUUCCACAAAAAUGUGUUCUGAAAUAAAAGUAAUUGGGGACAUAAAAGCAAGUUAAGAGCACAAUAACAUUACAUAUUAUUUUUUCCUUCUGUUGUUUUUUUAAUUUUAACUUUUUUCUUUGUUUUUAGAUUCACAGUUGAGGUAUAAAUCUCUUUUGAAUAUAGGAAUUUUAAGAUUUUUAUAUUCAUAAACCAAAUGAAAGUGAUUUAUCUCUUGCUAAUGAAUGUAGCAGUGGUGAGACAACUUCUUUAAGUUGUUUCAAAUGGCUCUAGAACCUUUGGGCUAUUUAUUUAUUUAUUUAAAGGAAGAAGUGGUAAAACUUUAUUUGCAAGAUGUCAUGAUCUUAUAUGUUGAAAAUCCUGAAGAAUCCACUAUAAAACUAUUACAACUAAUAAAUGAGUUCUGCAGGAUGGCAGGUAUAGUACACGAGCAAUAUACUAAAGCCACUUGUAUUUCUAUAUAUUUGCAAUGAACAAUCUGACAAUGAAAUUUAGAAAACUAUUUAACCUACAAUACAACAAAAUACUUAGGAGUAAAUUUAACAAAAGAAUUGUAAAACUUAUAUUUUGUAAACUACAAAAAAUUAUUGAAUGUCCAUAAUAGACAAGUCUGUAGAGACAGAAAGUGGAUUAGCGCUUGCCUAAUGGUGAGGGUAAAGGUCUGGGAAAUGUGAAAUGACUGCUGAUUGAUACGGGUUUCUUUUUGGGGUGAUAAAGUCUGGAAUUAGAUGGUUGGACAACUGUGAAUAUAGUAAAAGCCAUUGAAUUUUAUACUUUAAAUGGAUAACAUGCAUGGUGUGUGAAUUAUGUUUGAGCAGCUAAAAAGGAGAGGAUAAGGUAGUCAAAAAUACUGACAUGAAAAGAUAUCUGUAGCUUAACAACAUAAAAGUAAGAUAUAUUUCUGGUUAAAUUUUUUCUCCCAAACACAACAGAGCUCAACUUGAAGCAUUGCAAGUUUGUUUGCAUUUUCUCUAGACUAGGUGGGUUCAUGUUCUCCUUACAAACUCUUUGAAAACUGGAAACAUUUGGCUAAUUUAAAAAAGCCUUCUUUGUUCUAACUUUAGGGAAAGCAUAAAACAUAGGAAAGACUUAACUUUCAUAAAUUCUAAUUAGACAUUUGAGUUAUAACAAUUAGAUAUAUAACUUGUAUAAUUAAAAGGAGUUUAUUAUAGUUAAGUAAAUACUUUUAAUAUCAGAUUGAAAUUCAAGAUUGUACUAAUUUCUGCUAGUUUCUGUUUCUGAUUGCCAAUCUGCCUUAACAGAUGGAUUAGGGUAUAUGGAGUAAAAGAGCACUAAAAAAGACAGUUUACAUCCUACAAAUAAAUAUCUGCACCUCAGCAAAGGGACUGAAAGUAUUUAAACAAAUUAUAUGUAGUUUCUGUACUUGUUCAAUGCUAUUUUUUAGAGCUCAUAUCUGAUAUGGGCAGUUCUGGUUCAUUGUAGAGUUCUGUGUAUCACCAAUUUAUCCCCAAAUGACACAAUUCUUUGCCAAAACAAGGUAAUUGGGAUCCUCAAUACCAGAUGCCUCCAUCUUGUGCUGUGACACCUUCCUAAGACCAUUAAUAGAAAUCUUGAGUAGCUAGGGAUGAGUUGCUCCCAAGUAACCCAACAGCAGUCUUCUCUGAUGUAUCAGUCAAUCAUAGCUAAGAACUCAAAACUCAGUAUAAGAACUCAAAACUCAAUACUCAGCUCCCAAAAUGUCCAUUCUGGGAACAAUUCAUCAGAUAUUUUUAUACUUUCUUGUAAUUUUCCUGAAAAUAUACUAUUUUGGACUCGUCACUCAUUAAGUUUCAGGAUUACAGUGGGGAACAAAGGGACUCUACUGGUUAUGCUCCUAGUUUUGUAACUAGCCUCAGAGCAGGUGAAUGGAUUCCAGGAUAGCAGAUUAAUCUAAUUUAGAAAAUAAGUUACAAAUAUGCCACAUGGUAGAAGAUAACAACCAAAGGUAUCUAAGACUCCCCUGGAGGGCAAAAAUGCUGGCUAUUAAGCUAUCUAUACAAUUUUGGCUCAAACUAGAAUACAAUGAUCCAGCCCUACAAUGUCAAUUCUGAGAUUACAGACUAUACUGUGCAGAAACAAUGGGGAAUUGAACAGAUUUGUGGAUCAAUACUUGGUUCUACAUGUCUACUUCCCCCAACACCAAUAGUACAUUGGCAGAUAAACAAGGUCAGUGGACGUCAUCUAUUAGAGAUGGGAUGUGACCCCUAGUACUCCUAGAGGAGUAAUUUGACAGCCAAAUCUAUGGAGGGACCCCUGUCCACACUGCCCUGUGAUCCUUGGCUACUCCUGGUCAGAAAGCUUUGAAAAUCUCUUAAAAGGCCUCAUAACAACCCUGAAAGGUAUAUACUAUAAAUAUCCCAAUGUUACAGAUAAGGAAACUGAGGCACAGGGCAAUUAAGGUCACAGAGCUAAUAAGUGAUACAGUCAGGCAAUCUGACUCUAGUUCAGGGCUCUUGGCUGCUUAUUAUGGGCUGAAUUAUGACCAAAAUUCAUAUACUGAAGCCUUAACUCUCAGUACCUCAGAAUGUGAUUGUAUUUGGAGACAGGGACUGUAAAGAGGUAAUUAAGUUAAAAUGAGGUGGGUGGUUAAGAUGGCUACUAAUCCAAUAUGACUGAUGUCCUUAUAAAAUUAGGAAAUUAGGACAGACACAAACAGAGGAAAGACCAUAAGAAGUUAUCUAGAAGCCAAGGAAAGACAUCUUAGAAUGAAUCCAACCCUGCUAAUAAAUAUUUUUUAAUGUUUAUUUAUUUUUAGUUAGAGGGAGAGAGAGAGAGAGGCAGAGAGAAAGGGAAAGAGAGAAUCCCAAGCAGGCUCUGUACACUCAGCACAGAGCCCCAACACAGAGCUCAGUCCCAUGACCUUGAGACCAUGACCUGAAUGGAAAUCAAGAAACCGGCGUUUAACCGGCUGAGCCACCCAGGUGUCCCACAAUUUGAGUUCUUUACUUACAUUUUAGUAGGUAAAAUGCAGUAAGUUCUUUACUUACAUUUUUUCACUAGGGGAAAAUGGAAAUGUCUGAAGUCCUGUUAAUGAAGUCAUGGAAGAAUGUUGGUUUGUUUGAUAUAGAUGAGUUAGUGGCAUUUCUAACUCGACUAGAAUACAUAAAAGUUUAAAAAAUAACAAAUUAUAUAAACCUUAAAUAAAAUUAAGUAUAAUUUAGAACUUUUUUUAUAAAUAACUAUAAUGUUGAUCAUUCUGUUAUAAUAAAAAUUUUCAAAAAUAAUUUUUCAGUAAAAAGACAUUUGGGUUACUUGAAAUACAAAAUGAUAGUUUUAAAUUUCCAUAUAAGGAAUUACACAUUUAUCUCAUGGUAUCUCAACUGUGAUAGUGGUGAUUUAAAAAAAAAUACACUGACAACUAAACUUUAUUGAGUUUACAGUAGGAAAUAAACUCUAAGAGUCUUAUAUGUAAUAACGCUUUUAAUUCUGAAACUUAUGUUGUCAGUACUACAGAGACAGUACUACUUUUAUCUCCAUACGAAAUAUUGGUGACGUUAAGUAAAUAGUAUUAAUGGAGACUAAUACUUUACCUUAAUAAAACUAGAGUCUAGGUGGCCCAACACAGAGUUACAGAUUUAUAGGGUGGGCUUGAGAAACUGAAAUUCAUUUAUUCAUAAGUAGUAGGUGUGUUUCUAUCACUUUCAUAAACAAAGCAUUAAACUUCCAAAAUGUAACUAAAUAACAGUACCAUCAACAUAGUUAAGAAGCAACACAAUUUGGCAUUACAGUGGAACAAAAGAUGAUUCAGAGUCCAAAUCUGGUAGGAUAAUAAUAAUAAAAAUGAUAGGAUUGUUUUGGGUGAUUAAAAAGUCAAAUUUACAAAAGUAUAACAAGGGUCAGCAAGAUUACUAACACUGAGAUAAAAUAUAAAAUUUUAUUUACUGAACUAUAAUAUUAUAAGAUUUCUGAUCUUAAUAUUAAUGCUAUUUCCUCCAUUCUUCCUCAAUCUUUUAGUUCUCUCUGUAUAUUAUUCAGUUUUGAUGCCAGAAGGAUAGAGUUAAUUAUCAUAACAGAUGUAAAUGGAUAGAUAAGACAAAAAAAUGACAACUUGGAUUGCAAUAAUCAAGUUUUAAAUGUGAAAACGGUCUCAUAGUAGACCUUAUAUGUGAAUGUAUUGUACUUUUACAUCACAUAGAGGUAAUCUCUGAUAAACUCAAUGAUUUAUUCAAAAUUUCUACCUGGUUGAUUGUACUCCGGUUCACUAUAGCUUUGAAUGGACAAAAUCUCUGUGGAGCUGCAUUUUAUAUCCUCAAUGCCAAUUCCAUGCUUGGUAGUAAGAUCUGAAAAGGAAGAAAGUUUACUAUCAGCAUAACUAUUACAUCAGUUUUUUGGUAAUCUUUUUCAUUCCACUGUGGCAAUGACUCUGUUUUACUUAGUAUACCAUCAGAGCCAACUGAAGGCUGGGAGUGUAACACUUCAGUAAAGUCACUUGUCCUUUACAUUAGCAUUCAUAGAUUUUGUCCUCCUAACAAGCCAGCAGGCCACUCUGCAGUUUUAAGCUCUACUAUGUUUUCAAGUUCUGGUAUGAAUUUGAUCAACUUUCUUAGACUGACUUUUCAUUCCUUUGCUUUGACUUGUAGAUUGGUCAGUAAUUCACUUGAUUUAGCCUUGUCUGCAAAGAUUCCUUUAAGUCUGUGAUCUAUUAAUGGCAAGCAUCCCUGUCCUUAAUGGACAUCAUAAAUCUCCCUUUCCUCCUCUGUAAUAUUAUACAUCUUUGAUGAUUUCAACUGGAAUUAAAUAAAAAGGUAGUUAAAUAUUUGGGCUUAAAUUGUCAUUAGAAAGAAUUCAACAAUAUUUACUAAAUCUAACUGGGAUAAAAACAUCUACAUUUUAGGUUAUGAUUCUCCCAGUCAUCUGAUUCCAUGAGUCAUAACCUCACUCUGUGCUUCUCCUUAUAUAACUAAACUCAGCAUAAGAGUUGUUAGUACUUUUUCAUUAUUUAUAAGAAAACAAUUUUAAAAAAUUAGAAUAAGCCAUAGGUGAUUUAGCUUUAUUUGUGUAAUUAUCUUGACAUGGUUAAUUUCAGAGAGGUUUUAAGUUUGCAAGUAUAUAAAGAGAAAGACAAUGAGAAAAGAAUCUCAUCAACAAUAAUUCUAAGAUUCCACCAUGUAAACUAUAGACACUUCAAAAAUCUGGAGGUUCAGAAAACAGUUUAAUCAACACAUUUUUACAACAAACAUUAUUAAGUAGUUUUACAAGUAAUAUACUUUUAAAUUUAUUCUCACCUCUUUUGAAAAGCUUUUCAUUUUCAUCUACAUAAUUUAUUAUUUCUGGCAUUAAGUUUAAUGAUUCCUUUAGUUUGGUGAGUGAUGGAAUAUCAACUUCUUGUUUGAGGCUUGUAGGUAUUAAGAAUUCACACUCAAGCAAAAUUGAUGGCUGAAAUAGUUAUAUGUAAAACAAGUUUUUAGGGAGAUUUUCCAGAUAAAUAUUUCUGGAUUCAUAAACAGAUAUAUAUAUAAUUUAUAUUAAAUUUAUAUAAUUUUAUAACUUUAACUGGUGUACCAAAUUUGAUUUAUUUAUUUACUUAUAAAGUUUAUUUAUUUUGAGAGACAGCAUCUUCACAUAAGUGGAGGAGGGGCAGAGAGAGAGGGAGAGAGAGAAUCCCAAGCAGGCUCUGCACUGUCAGUUCAGAGCCCAAUGCAGGGCUCAACCUCAUAGUGACAUCAUGACCUGAGCCAAAAUCAAGAGUUGGACACUUAACCAACUGAGCCACCCAGGCACCCCUAAUUGGUAUACCAAAUUUUAAACUAAACAUUCAAAAUUUUUAAUGUUAUGCAAAUACUUUAAAAAAACAGAGGUAUACUAGCCAAAAACGUAUUAUAAGCAAUGUUCUCAGUAAUGUCUUUUAUGGCUACUGAUUAUACUAGUGAUAUACAAUAUCCCCAGAUGCAGAAAUAUCUUCUUUUGGGUUAAUAACAAAUGUUAAAAAUUCUACGUUAAAAGCAGUAACUGCAGCAGAUCAGAGAUGGUGAUUGGGGAGAAGUAAAAAGGGUAAAUGAAAUGGAAUGGAUCUUCACUGCACUUCAUUAAAUACACUUCUCUUUCAUUCCUACAGAACUGGAUUCUAUGUGCAUAAUUCUCAGAGCUAAUGGGUGAGGAAGAGGGGGACUAGAGAAAGGGGAUAAUAAGUGAAUUAAUAUUUUCACCAUGUGUCUUAAAAUUUUUAAUUGUAAGGAAACCCUUUAAAUGCCUUAAGAUAUGGAUAUAUCUAUCUCCUUUGAAUGUUUUAAGCCCCAAAUAUAAAAUAGUUUUAGUUGUCUCAAAAAAAUGUUUAAAGUAAUUUUAUAAAUGCAUCUAAUCUAUGUGGGCCUAGUUUUUGAGUUUGCUAUGCUGCAAAAAGUUAUUUGUACUCUCAAUUGCUAAAAUUCUUUGUACUAGUAUCAUAAUAACAAUUUUGUGUGCUAUUGGAACUGUAUGCUAAAAAAGAGGGGGUGCUUUUGAGAAAUUUGAUCUUUUUUUUUUUAAAGUUAUUUUGAGAAUGAAAGAGAAAGAGAGAGUGAGCAGGGGAGGGGCAGAGAGAGAGGGGUGAGAAUCCCAAGCAGACUCCAUGCUGUCAGCAUAGAGCCUGCUAUGGAGCUCAGACUCAGGAACCAUGAGAUCAUGACUUGAGCCGAAAUCAAGAGUCAGGAACUUAACCGACUCAGCCACCCAGGUGCCCCAAAAUUUGAUCUUUAAUAUGAAAGAUGCUAUCUUCCUUAUUAACCAUUGGCAGCACCUAAAAUGAAGUCUCAGACUAUAUGUAUUCUUACUAUUUCAGUGAGAUCACUUCUCUUACAUAGUGUGUGCUGUUUUGUGUUUAACUCAUAAAUCAAAUUCAACAAUUAUAGCUUGUCUCCAUUUUGUAAAUUAGAACAUGGCCACCUAAUGUCUUAUACCAGGUAUAUUUAUUAAAAUCAUUAAGAAGGUUUUUAAAUUCACUAUACCUGGGCUGCAAAACAGACGAGUUUAAUCAGAAUAUAUCUGAGUAGGACCUAGGCUUCAGUAUUUUAUUAAAACUAUCCAAGUAAUUCCAAUGUGUGGCUAAAGUUUAGAACCACUAUCUUAAAUUUGACUCCACUAUUAAUAUAUUCAACUCAUUGCCAAAUCUUUUUAAACUUGACAGUAGUAGAUGGUCAAUGUAUUAAAAUUUAUAAAAGUGUGCUUUACUAACUUUUACAAAAAUACUACUGAAAGCAAGUAUUACAGUUUCAUUUAAACCUACUGUAUCUUCUAGUUUUUCGUGACAAAAGUUUUCUUUAUCCAUGUAAAAAUCUUCUUUCACAAAAUUUUUCAAAUCUCCUUGAAAAGAGAAAGAUUCCCUUAACAAAAAAUGAAACAUUAAGUUAGUGUUUACUAAAAGCAAGGUACAUACUAAAUGUAGUCAAUCAAACUACACAAUGAUUAAAACUGGAGUUGAGGUAAAGCAAUGAUAAAAUAUUGAUAACAUCUAGACUUGUGAGCACAUGAAGAAUAUUUUUACCUUUAUUUUUCUUUUUUAGAGGGAGAAAGCUCACACAAGUGGGGGAGGGGCAGAGGAAGAGAGAGAGAGAAUGUUACCCAGGCUCCACGCUCAGCACAGAGCCCAACUUGGGGCUUGAUUCAAUGACCCUGGGAUCAUCAUCUAAGCUAAAAAUCAAGAGUUGGAUGCUUAACCGACUGAGCCACCCAGGUGCCCAGAAUAUUUUCUCCUUUAAAAAAUAUUUAUAACCAUAAAAUACCUAGGAAUAAAUCUAACCAAAGAGGUGAAAAAUCUAUAUACUGAAAACUACAGAAAGCUUAUGAAAGAAACUGAAGACGACACAAAAAAAUGGAAAAACAUUCCAUGCUCCUGGAUAGGAAGAACAAAUAUUGUUAAAAUGUCAAUACCACCCAAAGCAAUCUACAUAUUCAAUGCAAUACUUAUCAAAAUAACACCAGCAUUCUUCACAGCCAGACCAACCAAUCCUAAAAUUUGUAUGGAACCAGAAAAGACCCCGAAUAGCCAAAGCAAUCUUGAAAAAGAAAACCAGGAGAAAAGCACGAGGCAUCACAAUCCUGGACUUCAAACUGUAUUACAUAGCUGUAAUCAUCAAGACAGUAUGGUACUGGCACAAAAACAGACACUCAGAUCAAUGGGACAGAAUAGAGAACCCAGAAAUGGACCAACAAACGAAUGGCCAACUAAUUUUUGACAAAGCAGGAAAGAAUAUCGAAUGGAAUAAAGACAGUCUCUUCAGCAAAGUGAUGCUGAGAAAACUGGACAGCGACACGCAGAAAAAUGAACCUGGGCCACUUUCUUACACCAUACACAAAAAUAAACUCAAAAUGGAUGAAAGACAUAAAUGUAAGACAGGAAGCCAUCAAAAUCCUCAAGGAGAAAGCAGGCAAAAACCUCUUUGACCUUGUCUGCAGCAACUUCUUACUCAACAUCUCUUCAGAGGCCAGGGAAACAAAAGCAAAAGAACUACUGAGACCUCAUCAAAAUAAAAAACAUCUGGGGUGCCUGGGUAGCUCAGUUGAUUGAGUGUCUCACUUCAGCUCAGGUCAUGAUCUCGCCGUCUGUGAGUUUGGGCCCUGCAUCGGGCUCUGUGCUGACAGCUCAGAGCCUGGAGCCUGUUUCAGAUUCUGUGUCUCCCUCUCUCUCUGCCCCUCCCCUGCUCACGCUCUGUCUCUCUAUCUCUGAAAAAUGAAUAAACCUUAAAAAAAAUAAAAAUUAUAAAAAAUAGGGGCACCUGAGUGGCUCAGUAGAUUAAGCAUCUGACUUUGGCUCAGGUCAUGAUCUCAUGGUUCAUGAGUUCAAGCCCCACAUCGGGCUCUGUGCUGACAGCUCAGAGCCUGGAGCCUGCUUCAGGUUCUGUGUCUCCCUCUCUCUCUGCCUCUCCCCCUCUCACACUCUUUUUCUCUCAAAAAUACAUAAAUCUACAUACACACAUACAUACAUACAUAAAAAGCUUUUGCACAGCGAAGGAAACAAUCAGCAAAACUAAAAGGCAGCUGACAGAAUGGGAGAAGAUAUUUGCAAACGACAUAUCAUAUAAAGGGUUAGUAUCCAAAAUCUAUAAAGAACUCAUUAUACUCAACACCCAAAAAAACAAAUAAUCCAGUGAAGAAAUGGGCAAAAGACAAGAAUAGAUACUUCUCCAAAGAAGACAUCCAGAUGGCCAACUGACACAUGAAAAAAUGCUCAACAUCACUCAUCAUCAGGGAAAUACAAAUCAAAACCACAAUGAGAUACCACCUCACACCUGUCAGAAUGGCUAACAUUAACAACUCAGGCAACAACAGAUGUUAGCGAGGAUGUGGAAAGAGGAUCUCUUUUGCAUUGCUGGUGGGAAUGCAAACUGGUGCAGCCACUCUGGAAAACAGUAUGGAGGUUCCUCAAAAAAUUAAAAAUAGAACUACCCUAUGACCCAGCAACUGCACUACUAGGUAUUUGUCCAAGGGACACAGGAAUGCUGUUUUGAAGGGGCACAUGCACCCCAAUGUUUAUAGCAGCACUAUCAACAAUAGUCAAAGUAUGGAAAGAGCCCAACUGUCCAUCGAUGGAUGAAUGAAUAAAGAAGAUGUGGUAUAUAGAUAUACAAUGGAGUAUUACUUGGCAAUCAAAAAGACUGAAAUUUUUCCAUUUGCUACUACAUGGAUGGAACUAGAGGGUAUUAUGCCAAGCAAAAUUAGUCAGUCAGAGAAAGACAAAUAUCAUAUGACUUCACUCAUAUGAGGACUUUAAGGCUCAUAACAGAUGAACAUAAGGAAAGGGAAACAAAAAUAAUAUAAAAGCAGGGAGGGAGACAAAACAGAAGAGUCUCAUAAAUAUAGAGAACAAACUGAGGGUUACUGGAGGGGUUACUGGAGGCAGGAUGGGCUAAAUGGGUAAGGAGCAUUAAGGAAUCUACUCCUGAAAUCAUUGUUGCACUAUAUGCUAACUAACUUGGAUGUAAAUUAAAACAAAAACAAAAACAAAAACAAAAACAAUUACCCAUAAAAUCUUUUGAGACAGUAUUAACAAUCAUUUUAAGUUGUAUUUUUGUUAACAAAUUGCAACAGAGAUAACAUGAACUUCUUUGACUUCGGUAAACUUAGGUAGAGAAAGUUUUAUAUUUAAUGUUGAUAAUUUUAAAGACAGGUCUAUCUUAAUUAAAUCAAUAAACUUAAAUUCUUUUAAAUAUAUAUAUAUAUAUAUAUAUAUAUAUAUAUAUAUAUAUAUAUAUAAAAUCAACAUUGGACAAUUCAGUACCUGAAGAAAUUAGCUUCUGUGAAGAUCUGUCCUUUGAAAUCUAAAAUGGGGUCAUUUAUCAAAUAUAGUUUUAGCCUACUCAACAGAGUAUGCAAAGUUGGUAGCUGACUUUUAUAGGACAUCAAGCUAUUUACAAAAAUUAUUUCUUCAUCAAUAGAAAAAUCUGGAAAAAAAAGAAAUGUGAGGGAAUAAGAAAAAAAUCUAAAAGUUACACAACGGGAUCUAGAUAGUUACUGAAGUCAGCCAUUAGAUACAGCUGGGAUUUUCAAACACGCUUUAAAUUCCUUAGUUCUUCAUUGUAUUGUGCAUAUAAAGCAUGCUGCAUAGGAUUAGCAUAUAGGUAAAAGCUCAAUAGAUUUUAGCAUUACUUAGUACACUGAGUAGUAACCAAACAUCCUGAAAGAGUUGUAAUGCUUCAUUUUUUAUUUUUCAACAGAGAUUAGUAUAAUCAAAGGAGGAAAAUAUCUUAUGGCCUUAUGCUUCAAAACAACCAGGGGUAGCCUAAGCAAAGUUGUAAAGAAAUAAAAGCAUUUGACUUUUUCUGAACCUAGUGUUUUCUUUGCAUCAUUUUACCUCUUUUUUGUUUGUUUUUUAGUUUUUUACUUACUUGGAGAGAGAGAGAGCAAGUGGGGGAAGGGCAGAAAGAGAGGGAGAGAGAAAUCCCAAGCAGGCUCCACACUGUCAGCGCAGAGCCCGAUGAGGGGUUCAAUCUCACAGACCGUAGAAAUCAUGACCUGAGCCGAAGUGAAGAGCCGGAAGCUUAACCAACUGAGCCACCCAGGUUCCCCGAAUCAUUUUACCUCUUAAAGUCUCUAAUUCAUCCCCAGAGAUUCUGAGAUGUAGGGAAUGGAGAUGGUCUACAAAACCUACGAAUGAGAUUAACUCAGAUUCUAUCAUUGCAAAGAUAAAAAAAAAAAAAAUUGUUUCUAUUGUAAAAUAGAAGUAGAAAAUUAUAGUCGAUUUUACAAUGAAAGUUAUAUGGCAAGAUCUACUUGAGAAGUGUGAUACAUCUUAUAUAUUAGGAAAUACUAUAGCUAACAGUUAAUUGCUGGAAUAAAUUUCUCCUAUCCCCACCCUACGAUGUUCAAGUUACUUUAAAAUCUUAGCCAACUGUGUCAGUGCUUUAAACAGUUUCUGAGCCAAGGGAGAGAACAUAAAACUUGCUCCCGUUCUUCAGUGAGAUCCUGAGUGGAAAGAGGAAAAGGAAAAUGUAAGUUCGGAUGAAAAACUGCUCAGAAAGCCAAAUUUCAAAAGCAAAAGCCCCACUGAGGGAGGAGCAACAGUCUCUUGUUCUGGGUAGUGGCCUUUCAGUUAGGUACUUUUAGAAUGGCAUGAGAGACGAAUAGCAUGGAGUGAUGUCUCCCAUAACCAAUUACAUCACUGGUAUGCAUAUGUUUAAUAAAUAUGUGGUGUUAAAAAGGCAGCCAGGAAACAUCCCUUUGCCUGGUGCUACCUUGAAAUGCCAAGAAAACUUGUUCUAUAAACUGGCCUCCUAAGAGAUUACUUACUGAACCUGUUAAGUUCCUAAUAAUUUCAUGGCCAAGAGUUCCCAAUUUCAUGGCAUAGUUCUUUUAUAUACCAAAGAAAGCCAGCCAAUCAAUUCAAUGUCUAAAUAGGGCCUAUAUGAGACCAUUUAAGAUUGUUCAUUCGUACAUCCAUUCUGUAAGUAUUAACGAAGUCAUAUUCAUAGCAAAACCACAAACAACAUUUGUUUAUAGCCCGGUCUCCACCUUGCACUUCCAAACACAGGCCCUCUAGCCAUCUUCCCUUCCAACGGCUCAUCCUAGUAUUUCUGUGAGUGCAUGGAAACAUCUCCUAUCAGUUAUGAAGUCCUGUUUUCCAAGCACCCUUUUUUGAAAGAGCCACUUGAGGGCAGCAUCACACCAUAACGAAUGUUCUUUGUAACCAACCACACAAUAAUUGUUCUAGGAAGGGUACUACUUCCUAUAGUCUUAAGGUUAUACAACAUUUCCUGGAGUUCUUACUUUCUUACAGCUCUUCUACGUACCAACACGGAUAUGAGGAGACUGUUUUCUUCUAUUGUAAAAGAGUGUUAAAUUGUUAUAAAGAAACAAAAUUUUAGCUAGUUAACUAUGAAAAGCAACACAAAAUAGAGGUCUACUGACAGGAAAGACACGUUUAUUCUUGGCAGAAGAUUUUUGUGUCUUCCUAGGAAACCCAAGAUAACUAAAUGAAAACAAAUAAAGGAGUUCACUAGGUGUCUGAUAAAAAAAUAAAAUAAAAUCUAUGGUUUUCAAACAUAUAAAAACCUCAAAAAUUAAUGGAAAAAUUCAUUCAUAAUGGUGACAAGUAUACAAACAUUGAAGAAGCAACAUAACAAAAAUGUGCAGAAAGUAUAUGCAGGGAACUAAAACUUUAAUGAAGACCAUUAAAAACUGAAUAAAAGCCCCGAUAAACCAUUUUCCUGGCUAGUAAGACUAACUAUGGUAAAAAAAAAAAAAAAAAAAAAAAAAGUAAAAAAUCCCAAUGACAUUUCAAUUUGUCAAGAGAUCUGUUUUGGAAUGUGGAAAACUGAUUUACUGAAAGUAAAUCUGGAAGAAUAAGGACAUGAGAGUAGGGAAAAAAUUUUAAAAACAAAAACAUAUAUACUAUUAAUACAUGUUAUAAUUAUAUAUUAAAUAGUUAAAACUGUAUGAUACAAUUACAGAUAAAUCAAUAGAAUAUAAUAGAAAAUCCAGAAACAUUCUAAUGUGGGCAAGGAUUUAGCAUAUUUUGUAAGUGGCAUUUCUAGUCAGUAGAGAAAGGAAACACUAUUCCAUAAAUGAUACUGAGACAACUGCCAAACACAUUUGGAAAAAAUAUUUUGUAUUCUUACUUUUAUUUAUUUAUAUUUUUAAUGUUUAUUCAUUUUUUGAGUGAGAGAGAAAGAGAGCAUGAGUGGGGGAGGAGCAGAGAGAGAGGAGGGAGACACAGAAUCCAAAGCAGGCUCCAGGUUCUGAGCUGUCAGCACAGAGCCCAACACGGGCCCGAACCCACAAGCCAUGAGAUCAUGACCUAAGCCAAAGUUGGAUGCUUAACCAACUGCACUAUCGGGCACCCUGAUAUCUGUACUUUUAAAGAUAUACCAAAGUCUUAAGGAAAACCUUAAAGAAAAUAUGAAUAAACAUUUAUCUAAUUUAAGGAAGAAUUUUCUAAGUAUAAAAGCAAUGAAAGAAACCUUAAAAGAAAACAUUGAUGGAACUAGUUAAUUUCAAAUAUAUUAAACAUAUCUUUUGACAAAUAUGUCUUCUAUUCUUAUAUUUAAUAUAUAUAAUAGAAAAAUAGGGGCGCCUGGGUGGCUCAGUCGGUUGAGCGUCCAACUUCAGCUCAGGUCGUGAUCUUGCGGUUUGUGAGUUCGAGCCCCAUGUCAGACUCUGUGCUGACAGCUUGGAGCCUGGAGCCUGCUUCGGAUUCUGUGUCUCCUUCUCUCUCUGCCCCUCCCCCACUUGUGCUCUGUCUCUCUCUAUCAAAAAUAAAUAAAUGUAAAAAAAUGUUUUAAAAAUAGAUAAAAGUGAGAAUCAUUUCACAAAAUAAAAAUAUAUAAAUGGCCAGUAAACAUGAAUAAUUUUUAAAAUACAAGUAAAAACAUAAUUUUUGUCCAUCACAUUGGUUAAAAUAUAUUAACAUAAUAUCAGUAGUAAUAUAACCAAUGAUGAUAAGGUUGCUGUGAACAGGGUAUCCUCAUAUCAUGCUAGUGGACAAAUAGCUAAAAGAAAUACAUAUAUCAGAUAAUUCCACUUCCACAAAUUCACUCCAAGGAAAGAAUUGGAAAUGGAAGCAUACAUUCAUGUACAUAUUUGAAAUUAAAAACAUUAGUGGGGUGCCUGGGUGGCUCAGUCGGUUAAGUGUCCAACUUUGGCUCAGGUCAGUAAGAUCAGGUCAUGAUCUCACAACUCAUAUGCUGACAGCUCAGAACCUGGAGCCUGCUUCAGGUUCUGCAUCUCCCUCUCUCUCUGCCCUAUCUCUGCUCAUGCACUGUCUCCCAAAAAUAAAUAAACAUUAAAAAAAUUUUUAACUAAAAAAAAUUUAGUGUCCUCAAAUUGGGAGAUGUAUGAUACAUACAUAAGAUUUAAAACUGUAGUCAUUAAAAGCCAUGCUUUUUUUUAUUAUUUAAAUCCAAGUUAGUUAACAUAUAGGGCAAUAAUGAUUUCAGGAGUAGAAUUUAGGGAUUUCUCACUUACAUAGAACACCCAGUGUUCAUCCCAACAAGUGCUCUACUUAAUGCAUAACCUAUUUAGCCCAUCCCCCCACCCAACACCCCUCCAGCAACCCUCAGUUUGUUCUCUGUAUUUAAGAGUCUCUUAUGGUUUGCUUCCCUCUCUGUUUUUAUCUUAGUUUUGCUUCCCUUCCUUUAUGUUCAUCUGUUUUGUAUCUUAAAUUCCACAUAUGAAUGAAAUCAUAUGAUAUUUGCCUUUCUCUGACUUUUUUUUUUUUUUUUUUAAUGUUUAUUUAUUUUUGAGACAGAGACAGAGCAUGAGCAGGGAAGGGGCAGAGAGAGAGGGAGACACAGAAUGUGAAGCAGGCUCCAGGCUCCGAGCUGUCAGCACAGAGCCCGACGCGGGGCUCAAACUCACAGACUGUGAGAUCAUAACCUGAGCCGAAGUCAGACGCUCAACCGACUGAGCCACCCAGGCGCCCCUGACUGACUUAUUUUGAAAAGCCAUGCUUUUGAAGAUAACUAUGUGCUGAAAUGUUCCCAAUAUUAAUAUUUAAAAAUAAUAUAAGACAGACAAAAUAUGAUCUCAAGAGUAAAAUGACUUAUGUUUAGAUUGUAGAUUUGGAAGUUUUUAAUAAAGGGAUAUUCUAUAUAUUUAGAAUGUAGAUAUUUUUAAUAGACAUAGAAAACAUAAUUCAGUCCUCAUUCAUGAUCAAAAGCUCUUAGCAAACUCAGAACAGAAAGAGCUUCCUCAACCCAAUAAAUUCUUUCAACAUUUCACCAUUGAAACUGAUGUAAACACUGUAAAUGAUUCACCAUUGAAAUGGUAUUUACAUCAUUCUUAAUGGUGAAACAUUAGAGUUAUCUUCUUUACUGUCAAGAACAAGACAAAGAUGGCAACCAUCACUACUUGAAUUGAACAAUGUAUUGGAGGUCCUAGUCAGCACAAUAAGACAAAAAAAAAAAAAAAAAGAUAUAA